UUCACGGCUUUGUUUGGCGCUUCUUGCCACGCCUUCCUGCCGGCUCCUGCAUAAAGCGGCCGGGCUGCCUUGUGUGAACCAGUUGAACUCCAGUCAGCGCGGACAACAGGUGCAACGCAACCCCCUCCACCUUGUCUGUUGGAUUAUGCCCGCAGAGCGCCGGUCGUCGCUUUACGCAGGGCUUCCUCUUCUGCACUCAGAAUAAUUUGCACGCUUUUAUAUCCUGACCACUUCCAGACACAACGAUGCCUUUUCCACCCAUCAGCCUCCACCAGCGGAUCUCAUCGCCUGGCAGGGAACUAUUCGGGAAAAAGAAAGCCAACGGAGUGCCUCCUGAGCAAACCAGCAAAUCGUGCGGAGAGAGAGGGGGGUCGGAUAAGGAGAAACAACCCACAUCUUGGGCAUCGGCGAAUUUAAGGAACUUGGGGCGAAAACCCCAGCAGGACAAAAAUAAAAGCCCCACUCAGAAGCCCGGUGCCGGGCAAGAGACCCAGGGAAAGUCUUCGUGGUUGAUGGUGCCGAAACCUCAGGAUUCAUCUGAAGGAGUCAGGCGCUCCAGCUCCAUGGACUCCACGAGACAACUCAGUGGAAAAGAGGAAGGGAAGAAGGAAAUUCAAUUUACACUCAGUCUCACCCCCGAAGCCAUUCUUGUCAUCCAAAAACGGAAUCUAGAAAAACAAAUGAUGGCAAAGCAACAAAAGUGUUGCGCCGGCACCGAUUUUCGGCACCGGCGAGUUUUUCCAUCCAAAAAGACGCACGGGGGGUCCAAGGGCUGCGCGCCGGCCGCCAAAGCAGAGAGCGCGGAGCAGGACAUCACCGCCAUCGUUAAAAUAUCUCUGCUGAAUGACCAAUACAAGUACGAUGAUGUGGAGUAUGAAGACGAGGACGGGGAUGUGGAUGAGACUGUUGUAAGGAAAUGCAAAGAGUGGCUAAAAGGGGUCGAAAAUGCCGCUGCUUUGGGAAAAGUCGACAAACUUUCCGCACUUCCGCACCUCAAAGGCUGCUGACACCUGGCUUUGAUGUCUUGUUGUUAAGCCGGGACUCUCAGUGUGAUGGACUCGUGAACAAUGUGCAAUUGGUGUAGAUCUGUUGCAAAGGCAUCCUGAAUUUAAUGUUCUCAAGUAAACGUUAAAGGGAGGAAAUCCAGGUGUCUUCAGAUGAAUGUCAGUUUGUUAAAGAAAUAUAUAUUAAAAAAAAUAGAUGUCAAUACCUUUAAAAAAAAGUCAAUUAAUUAAGAAAACGAAUGAAAUGAGGAAAUUCCAUUGGAAUCAUAAAAAGUCAAGAGGGAAUCAUUUACAUUCCCCAUCAAAAACAGGAUUUUAAAAGUAUCCAGCAGUGCUUAGGGCUCGCAGGGAUAUUUGCUUUGGGAGUUUGAUGCCUGUUCAUUAUUUUAUUUCUUUCAGUUUUAGUUAAAUACCUUUAAAUUCUCGUCCUUUGCACGUGGUUUCUAUUUUUCAGUGAGGCGCCUGUGGAUUGGCAGAGGGGUCUGCUCCUUUGUGUGGGAGAACAAUAAACUGUCAACAACAGAGCUCUUUGCCUCUGCUCCUAAAAACCAAAUUGAAUUGUUUAUUUUUCCUCUCAUAAGAGGGUUAUAUCCUUUGCAGGGAUUUACUAGUGGUGUACAGUAUGUAAUGUUUACUAAAUAUUUGUACUGUCACAUAUCUUUUCAGCUCAUUAAUUUAAGCAAAUUCUAAGUAAAAAUAUUUUCUUUUUUUAAUUAUGCAACUGUCUCG